GCCGUCUGUCUUCUAAGUUGCACUUGCUGAGGGACCUGUCUAUACUGUAUCCAUUCCUCUUUUCGUUUUACUUUCGUUCUUAACAAGCAAAGAAGAGUGGAAAUGGCUGUGAAGAUUACUGCAGAUUUGAGGUUCCCAGAGGUGGGGCUACCUUCUUCGCCAUUUAGUGGUCAAAGGAGGUUGAACGCAAAUUCAAAGGGCGGUAAAGUUUCUGUGAUUAGAGCAAUCCAAAGCCAAGAGGAAGCAGCAGCUGCAGGUCCUACUUCCACUCGAUAUCAGGCUAGACGAACGAGACGGCCCCAGAAUAUAGAAGGAGACUUCUUUGUAGAUCACACAUGCAUAGAUUGUGAUACCUGCCGUUGGAUGGCUCCACAAGUCUUCACACGAAUUGGUGAGAUGUCUGCAGUUUUUAAGCAGCCUACUUCUGGGGAGGAACGCCUCAAAGCUCUUCAGGCCUUACUCUCUUGUCCAACAAGUUCAAUCCAUACUGAGAAACCUGCUUCAGAUAUUCUUCAAGCUCAGAAAACAUUCCCAACACCAAUUGAUCAGCAGAGAAUUCCGGGUGUGUACCACUGUGGAUAUCAUUCAGAGAAAUCUUAUGGAGCAGCUUCCUUCUUGAUUGUCCAUCCUGAAGGAAAUAUAAUUAUAGACAGUCCUAGAUAUACAGAGAGACUGGCUCGUAACAUUGAGAUGCUGGGUGGAGCACGUUACAUGUUUCUUACCCAUGAGGAUGAUGUUGCAGAUCAUAGGAAGUGGUCAGAGAGGUUAAGCUGUGACAGAAUUCUGCACUCAGUAGAUGUUGACAACUCUACUGCUGAUGUUGAAACAAAGCUACAGGGUACUGGUCCAUGGAACCUUGGAAGGGACGUCCAGCUUAUACAUACUCCAGGCCACACAGAAGGAUCAAUCUGCUUAUUCUACAAGCCACUGAAGAUAUUAUUCACUGGAGACCAUCUACUGAUGACAGAAACAGGGCUGAGCAUUUGCGAGAGAUACAAUAAAUGUUCAGUUCCAAUGCAAAUAGAUAGCGUCCUCAAGCUGCUAGAAAUAGACUUCAACUGGAUCAUACCAGGUCACGGGAGGAGAGUUGAAUUCAAGGAUCGUGAGGAGAAAGAUUCAAUUCUGAAAGCCUUUGUGGAGGAGAAUUACAGUCAGUGUAGGUGAAUAACAUAAACCUGUACGGGGAGUAUGCCACGCUGGAAUAUAUAUAUAUAUAUAUAUAUAUAUACAGGCACUGGCAAUUUACAUGCAGCUAGCAUACAGCAGUGGUGAACAUAGAUAUACACAGAUUUGAGUGAUAAUAUUUCCAUAUUUGAAAUGCUGUUGUAUUGCACCACCAGCAGGAGUUUGCUUGUAUCUGAAUGGAGAUGAAUGCAACCUUUUCAUGGUUAUCUUACCGUGAAAUUGCUGUUAAUUAACGAUAACUAGUACUAUGGUGUUAUUGUUGGUGAUUUUUAUUAAA